AAAACAAAACAAAACAAAAUGAAAAAGGGACUUACUGAGUAGCAAAGGGACUUACUGACGAAUAUACUAUUCGUCACCCACAUAAACAAGGUGAUUCUCCAUUGCAGACUACCAUGUCAAGCUCUCAACUCCCUCUUCCUCUUCCUGAGUAUUUGCAAGAAGAUGAAGUAACUCAGGAACACAGGGACUUACUGUCCUCCCUCCCCAGAGAGAAGGGUUGGGUUACAUCUCAUCUCUUUCAAUACCAAGGCUUUUGGCAUACAUCCAGGCAUUUGAAAGGGGUAGUGGCAUGCCAACAACACUUCCAAGCUCACGAUACUGACAUCCUCCUUGUCACCACUCCCAAAUCAGGCACCACGUGGUUGAAGGCAAUGGCGUUUGCCUUAUUGAAAAGGGUUAGAUUUCCUGAUACCCGACACCACCCAUUGCUCACAAACAACCCUCAUGAGCUCGUGCCCUUCUUAGAGAUUAAGCUCUAUGCUGAAAGCAAGGUUCCUGAUCUCACCUCAUUUACUGCUCCAAGGCUCUUUUCAACUCAUUUACCAUUCACAUCUCUGCCAGAAUCUGUGAAUACCUCAGGUUGCAAGCUUGUGUAUCUAUGUAGGAACCCCAGGGACACCUUCGUGUCAUUCUGGCAGUUCACUAAUAAGUUGAGACUCGAGAAUAUGGGGACUAAUCCGCUCGAGGAGGUUUUUGAUAAGUUCUGUUGGGGAGUGAGUUUGUCUGGACCCUUUUGGGACCAUGUGUUGGGUUAUUGGAAGGAAAGUUUGGAAAAGCCUGAGAAGAUACUUUUCUUGAAGUAUGAGGAGAUGAAAGCACAACCCCAUGUUCAGUUAAGGAGACUGGCUGAGUUCUUGGGGUGCCCAUUUUGCCCAGAGGAAGAGACCAGAUGUGUGGUGGAUGAGAUAUUACAGCUGUGCAGUUUUGAGAACUUGAGCAAUUUGGAGGUGAAUAAGAAUGGGAAACUGUCAUCAGGGGAGGAACACAGCGCAUUCUUUAGACGAGGUGAAGUUGGAGAUUGGGUGAACUAUUUGACAGCUGAGAUGCUUGAUAGAUUAGAUCAUAUAACUGAAGAGAAGCUCCAUGGUUCUGGUUUAAAAUUUGAGGUAUCUUAAGUUGUAUUAUUUUGCUCCUCUUUUGCAAGAAUGUGUAUUUUGACAUUGUUUU